UAUUCUCUGCACUUCCGUGAUCUUAAUGAGACUUUUAUAGUUCAACAGAACUUGAAAUCGGAGGCAAUUUAAAGCAUUUCAAACACUUUUACUUCAUUCCACCUAAGUUACCUGCUAUUUGAUUAUCGCUACUGAAAACCUGCUAGCGCUAACAGGGAAGAAUAGAAAAACACAAACGGGAACAAAUGACGACGGUAUCUCGUCUGACACGUGAUAGCACUUCUUUAAAAACCGAGAACGAGAUUCAGUAAGCAGCCGUCGCCUCUCUCAGCAGGGUUCCUUCACUUUUGGCUGAGCUCAGGCAGCAGGUAAAGAUGCUGAGAAGUUUGCUUUUCACAGUCUUAUUUGGGGCAACAGUAGCCCUUACUGACCCAGACCUGGACUUUCAUUGGCAGUUGUGGAUGAAGACGCACUCUAAGACUUACUCCAGUAAGGUAGAGGAGUUGGGUCGGAGGGAGAUCUGGGAGAGGAACCUGCGGCUGAUCACCCUGCACAACCUUGAGGCCUCUUUGGGCAUACACACAUAUGACAUGGGCAUGAACCAUAUGGGAGACAUGACUACAGAAGAGAUCCUGCAGAAGUUGGCUGGGACUCGUGUGCCUUCUCACCUGAAGAGGACAUCUUCAUUUGUGGCCUCUACUGGUGCCUCACUACCUGAUUCAGUUGACUGGAGGGAGAAGGGCUACGUCACUGAUGUGAAACAGCAGGGUGCAUGUGGUUCUUGCUGGGCAUUUAGUGCUGCUGGUGCCUUGGAAGGUCAGCUGAAGAAGACCACAGGACAGCUGCUUUCUCUCAGUCCCCAGAACCUGGUGGACUGCUCUACAAAGUAUGGAAACAAGGGUUGCAAUGGAGGCUAUAUGUCUGAAGCCUUUCAGUACGUCAUCGAUAACGGUGGUAUAGAUUCUGAAGAAUACUACCCUUACAUUGGAGUGGACGGCGAAUGCCAUUAUGACCCAUCACAUCGCGCUGCCAACUGCAGCAGUUACUCUUUCGUUUCUCAGGGGGAUGAGGAAGAUCUGAAGCGAGCUGUGGCCAACAUCGGACCUGUGUCUGUGGCUAUUGAUGCUACACGUCCACAGUUUAUAAUGUACCGCAGUGGUGUGUACAAUGACCCAAGUUGCACCCAAAAAGUAAACCAUGGAGUACUGGCUGUCGGAUAUGGUACACUGAAUGGACAGGACUACUGGCUAGUGAAAAACAGCUGGGGCACUAGCUUUGGAGAUGGAGGCUACAUCCGCAUGGCUCGCAAUAAAGGCAACAUGUGUGGCAUUGCCAAUUAUGCUUGCUACCCUGUUGUGUGACCAGUGAAGACAAAAGCAAACUUAUUUCCUCUUAUUGUCUCUACAUUUUUAUCUAAUUUGUUUUAACGGUGUCAUUUUUACUUAAUAAAUAAUAUAUUUUAAACUCAAAA